UCUCCGCUCAUCUAGUCUCUAGCCACUACAACACAAAACACCACCGUCUGGUUACAGUCUCUCUAGAAGCAGCUGGCGGACAACACCAUUUUACAGGCAUUAUUGUUUGUUUCGACCCUCUGUGUUUCUUCCGAGCCCGAGACUGACUGAGAUCACGUCACAUUUAAUGGCAAAGAGAUUAUUUUUGUUUGAAUUUUGAGGAUAACUCAACUCCUGCCUUUGUUAGCAAGUUAGCCUCGCGUGUCCUUAAAGGCUCCUCAUCCUUAAUUCUCUCUCUCUGUUAUAUUCUGGUUUGUUUUAUUUUCUUUGACCAUUUAUUAAGUCAAACAGCAGUUGUAGCUAAACCCGUGCUAACGCUGCAGCUCUUUGUUCGUGCCUUGGAAAAAACACACCAGCACCGCUUUGCAGUGAUGAUGAGGAUGAUGAUGGUGAUGAAGAGGAGACAGAGCUGAGAGCUGAGUGUGUGUGGUCGUGUUGCGUUCACACUGGGAGCGGGAAGAACCCCCUCCCCCACACACACUGCAUCCAUGUUCUCCCCCGACCAGGAAAACAUCUCCACGUCGUCAACCAAAGUGCCAGUCAAAUAUGGAGAACUCAUUGUGCUUGGGUAUAAUGGCUCUCUACCCAACGGGGACCGCGGCAGAAGGAAGAGCAGGUUUGCACUCUUCAAAAGACCCAAAUCCAACGGCGUCAGACCCAGCACUGUACACGUAGCCUGCUCUCCACAGGCUGCCAAGGCCAUAAGUAACAAGGAUCAGCACAGUAUUUCCUACACGUUGUCCCGUGUACAGACAGUGGUGGUGGAGUACACUCAAGACAGCAAUACAGACAUGUUUCAGAUUGGCCGCUCAACUGAGAAUCCUAUAGAUUUUGUGGUGACCGACACGGUUCCCGGGAGUCAGAGCAACUCUGACACUCAGUCAGUUCAGAGCACCAUAUCUCGCUUCGCAUGCCGGAUCAUGUGUCAGCGAACGCCCCCUUAUACCGCCCGCAUCUACGCUGCCGGAUUCGACUCCUCCAAGAACAUCUUUCUAGGGGAGAAAGCAGCAAAGUGGAAGACAUUGGAUGGACAGAUGGAUGGUCUGACUACUAACGGCGUGUUGGUAAUGCAUCCUCGCCUUGGUUUCACUGAGGACUCCAAACCUGGUGUGUGGAGAGAGAUUUCAGUGUGCGGAAACGUGUUCACCCUGAGAGAGACACGCUCUGCUCAGCAGCGAGGGAAAAUGGUGGAGAAUGAGACUCAAGAGUUAGUGGAUGGCUCUCUGAUCGAUCUCUGCGGAGCAACUCUCUUGUGGCGUACUGCUGAAGGGCUUUCCCGCACUCCCACCGUCAAACACCUGGAGGCGCUCCGGCAAGAGCUGAACGCCGCUCGCCCCCAGUGUCCCGUGGGUUUCAACACCCUCGCCUUCCCCAGCAUGCGGCGGAAGGACAUCGUGGAUGAGAAGCAACCCUGGGUCUACCUAAACUGCGGUCACGUUCACGGCUACCACAACUGGGGUAACCGCGACGCAGAGCGAGACGGUAGGGAGGGCCGUGAGCGGGAAUGUCCCAUGUGCCGCGCUCGUGGGCCAUACGUGCCACUGUGGCUGGGCUGCGAGGCAGGGUUUUAUCUGGAUGCGGCCCCUCCUACUCACGCAUUCAGUCCGUGCGGCCACGUGUGCUCAGAAAAAACAGCGGCAUAUUGGACUCAAAUCCCUCUUCCUCACGGAACACACACCUUCCACGCCGCCUGUCCUUUCUGCGCCCAGCAGCUCAGCGGCGAGCAGGGAUACAUCAGACUGAUCUUCCAGGGGCCUGUGGACUAAACACACCUGCCUAUGACCUUUUACCCCAGGAACCCCAUUUGACAAACAUUAGUCAGGCAAUUCUUUCAAAUUUUCUGCGCUCUCAGACUGUUUUUUUUCCUCCCUUUCUGGUUUGUAAGUGACCUUUAUACUGCUUUUUCAAAUACAGAGAAAAACAAAAAGAUAUAUUUUCAAAUAAAAUGAUUAUAAAAGCAAAAAAAAAAAAAAAGGAAUAGACCUCUGCAGAACAGAAGAGCACAUGCACACCCACAUUUGAGCAUUCUGAUUGGGUGGCUCUGCUCGUCAUUUGAAGCGGUGGGCGUGGCCGUUACGGAUGGUGAUGUUCACAGUGUUUAUUUGCUAAUUAACAGUAAUACUCUGCAUUAGAGAGGCAAUACACCAUCCAUGUAUGUUUAUGAUGAGCUUACAGACGAGUCUAUCUGUGCUCCAUUCAAUAUUUCACAGCAUUUCAUAAAGCAACUACAUUUAGAUUCCAGAUAACAGUUUUCCAUAUAUGUCUAACUUAAAAAAUACUUAAUGUUUUUUAUUUAUACACUAUCAAUGUUUAUCAAAGAUAAAAAUGUAUAGGCGUGUUUUUGGGGAGUUAAUUUCUAUGUAGCUGUUUUUUGUUUUCUCUUUAUUGUGAGUCUCUUCCAUUUGUUGGCUUCGCUAUAGCAUUCAGAUUUUUCCUAAUUUGUUCUCAUAUAUGUAGGUUACAUAUGAUUGUGUGAGUGAAAUCUUCUCUGCAAUAGUGAACCAAUGAGGUCAUGCUCAGAGAAAUGUUCUCGCUGAACUCCAGAAAGCUCAAGAGGCCUAAGAAAUCUUCACCUCCCUUUAAGCAUAGGCCAAAACCACAUGCCCUGUCAGCGAGUGUUCGCAAAAUUGUGUGUGCUUAAGUGUCUUUGUAAGGUCCCUGUUUUCUGUUUGAGCCUUUUCUGCGUAGAUGACUACCCUUGUUUGGAUAUGUUGGGUACGCUGGGAAGUAAUUUCCAUCCGUAUAGUGCAAAAAGCAGCACUAACCUCUGGAAAUCCCUUUACCUCUUUUAUAGGUCAGUUUUAGUCUCUCUUAAUUUGCAAAUUGAGAUGUGAUUAGUUUUGUACCUAACAGCUACUGGGACCUUGAUUCCAGUAGAAAGGGUCAUGUUUUCCUUGUUAAGUUUAAAACACGAUAUUAAACAAUAUUUUCAAAAUAAAUGACACUCCCAAUGAGCAAGAAACUAAAUAGUUAAUACUUAAAAUGCCAUUCAAAG